GGUUCAUAACAUGUUAAAGUAUUGGGUUUUCGCAAUUCUGAUACCUUGCUGUAUUUGUGUGCUACCAUCAGUCUUGGUGGGCCCGGGCAGCUGGAUGGUUAUCCACGUGGAGCAAUGUGUCGACAACGAAAAAUACCCGUUCCAGUUUGUUUUUAACCGGAGGAAGGUCAACCGGACCCAUGAUGGCUUCAGCGGCUAUAUAUAUUUGGACAGGGACCUAGAUGAAACUUUCGGGGUCCGCGUUGAUAUAUGCAAACACGUGGACGGCGGCUGCAAGCCCACUGCAGUAUUGGAAGACGACUGCUACUGUAAUUUCGCUGAGAAAUACGCCAAAGAAAACGUAGAGGAUUGCUUGAUCAAUUCCAUGGGCAUGAGCCCACCCUUAUGUCCUAUUCCUGCGGGCAACCACACGAUAUCAAACUACGUGUUCAAUUACGCGGAGCUGCCCGAGCAAGGCAUGUACGGCCAGUUUGGCGUCGAUCUGUACAUAAUGGACGGAGACGAGGACAUCGGCUGCGUACACCUCACCGUUAACUUCGAGAAUCGCGACGACUUGGUCAACUUAGGAUAAAUAUAUUUGUCAAUAAAAACUUCA